UCUUACUUUUUGGUUUUUCUUCUUAUUCUUUCUUUUUUUCUUUCACUGUCUUUUUUGAACUCUCUUAUUUUUCAACUCCAUAAUACAAGAAACAAAAUAACGCAAAGAACAACAAAAACUGGACUGGGUUGACACUAAGAGCCGGUCAAUCCUUAAUGAAGCAUAGUCAGGUAUAAAGGCAGCCGACUGGGCUUUGAUAGUGGCAGGGGUAGUUUUGGCCUUUCCUCGUGAUUUGUUUGUUUAAAACAAACCCAAAACCUAUUUCCUCACACCCUUUCAUCCGAAAUCCCUUCCUCUCUCUCUCUCUCUCUCUCUCUCUAGAUUUCCUCUUUUCCUUGCGAUACCCAACAAACCUCACCAUUUUUUCUUCAAAACCCUUUCCUUCCUCUACAUUUUGAACCAAUUGGAUUUUGAUUUGGUCAAGAUUUUGGGUUUCUCAUUGUUUUUGCCUUGUUUCUCAUGGGUUUUCUUGGUUUUUGGGGGGCUCACUCUCGUGUUUUUACUUUCCUCUCCCAUUUUCUCUCUCCUGGGGUUUAGCCCCUUACAUUUUUCUUGCUUUCUUUUAACUUCCCCCACUCGUCUCCAUGGCUAGUGACGAAGUUCCCAUUCCAAACCCCACCAUUGGUAUUGGGGCUACCCUAGGCGCAGACAUGGAGGCUGAAGAUGCUCCUGCGUUGCCUCCGCUGGUUGAUAGGCCAUUUGAUGCGGCCACAUGCCAACCACGCACACAUACUCCACCCCCAGGUGGCAUUUUGAGAUUCGAGGGCCUCAUCUCCAAGAUAGACGAGGAUAUCUUGCUACGAGAGCCCACGGAGCACUUGUCUUUCGAUGCCUCUACGGUAAGCAACUUUCCAUUGUUUGGAUGCAUUGUUGGAGCUCACAAGUAGACCACAAGUUAAAUGCCAUAUAUUUCUCAUUUGUAGGUGAUAGCCAGGAGGAUUAGCGGAUACAGAUCCAUAUCUGUGCCUCGGCGCUAAUAUGAGAGACUGCCUGCGGAGGUCCACGCACUAGUUGACGCAGCCAACUUUGGGCCUCUCUGCUUAGGGAUUAUACAGAUGAGGGCCGAGUCGUUGUUGUAUGGGGCCCUGGUCGAGAGAUGGUAGGACACCACAGACUCAUUCCACUUCUCAUCGAUCGGGGAGCUGACUCUAACCUCAUACGAUUUUUCGAUGCUCACUGGCCUGUGGGUCGGGGUUGGCGGUUCGAUCCCAUGUGAUUCUGACAUGACACAGUGGAGAGCCUCAUAGCAUCAGCUUCUUGGAGCGAUCUUAGACACUACCAGCCACAAGAUGGUGAGGUACAGCUGGUUCUUCGAGUACUUCUCCGACUUUCAGCCUACCACUCCAGAUAAGGUCGCCCAGUACAGCCGCGGCUUCCUUAUGUAUCUCCUUGGUACUACCUUGUUUGCGAAUAGGGAAAAUGCCAUGGGGUUAUAUCUUCUGGGGGCACUGGUGCACCCCCCCCCCCCAGGUGGCACAGUAUGAUUGGGGUGGCGCCGGCUUGGCCACCUUAAAUUGCUACAUGAGCUCCAUCUCCCGCCGCAAGGCGGAUUCAUUCAGCGGCUAUUGGAGGGUUUGAGAGCUCUAGGUUUAUACCUACUUCACCUCUUUGACUCCAGUCCUGGUGAGGCCGAUCGAGUUGUCAGUACCCCGCUCACGGUACUACAACUCCCGAUUUAAGCAUCGUCGCCGUGUAGACUAAAACUUCCCUUACUUUUGUUGACUGGCAUCCCUGGGCGGGCAUUUCCCAGGUGUCGAUGAUGACUUAUGUUGUGGCAUGGCAUGCCUCUACCAUGCAGAUUCUAUUUGAGGGCCCCUUUGGCCCGACGUACUACCUAGGGAAGAGGUUCAUCCACCAGGCGUGGGGUGUCGCUGAUCCCGACAUUCCACAUCCACCUCCUCCAAUCAUGAGAGUAGUUGAUGAGCUACAGGACGGUCCUCAGAUCGACCUCCUAAUGUUAGGUGAGGAUGGUGAUCAUCAUCAUGAGCCUGGCAACUUCACUACCUUCUUACACACUCAGGUGAUGACGCCUCUUACCUCGGGCAUGGCUCAAGCUGUGCCGAAGGUUGCUGCUACUGCUGUUGUGACUAGUGAUGCGCCUACUGGAGGUGCCCUGCCGCUGCACCCAUUCCUGGAUUUCUUGUGAUCCCCACUAAGAUCAUGUACAUGCAUCCAGAUAGAGUGAUCGAGCAGAUCCCGCUUGAGCGCAUCGAGAAGAGGGACCGCAGGCUAGCGUUCGCUCCUGGCAUCGAGCAGAUACCACGGGUGUAUGCUGAUAACCUCCAUCAUACGAUCGACAUACUACUCCUCAUGGUACAGAGGAGGCUGAUCGCCUUAGUCACUCAUGGGAUUGAGCUUGAGUCGGCACCAACAGUGCCUGCAGAACCUCCUGCAGCCAGUAGACGGAGACGGGGCCCAGUGAGGGGCCGAGGGGGAGUUGAUCGAGGGAGGCAGUGCUCACUUUUUGAGGAGUCUUUUGCCAGGUCUAUGACCCCCAAGGACGAGGGAGAGGAGGUUGACUUGUAGUCCAGCAGCUCCAGCGACGACAGUGAUGCACCUCCUCCGCAGCCAAGGAGGAAGAGGGCGAGGAUGGGCUAUUGACGAGGGCUACAAUUUUAUUUUUGUUUUUGUUUUUGAUUUCAUUUUUGUUUUUGUUUUUGUUUUUGUUUUUGUUUUUGUUUUUGUUUUUGUU